ACACACAGAAAAACUCCUGGUGAAGCGCCUGAGAUCCACGUGACUAUUAUAAAGAUGGCGUUUAUAAAAGAGGAGAGUGAAGACUUGAAGAUUGAAGAAACAUUCAGUGUGAAACAUGAAGAUACUGAAGAACAAACAGACCUGAUGCCACUGAAAGAGGAGAGUGAAAGCCUGAAUGAAAAUGAAGAGAAAGAGCAGCAUGAGAAACAUCCUAAUUUCAUAACUGGAGAAAAGUAUUUUAGUUGCUCACAGACUGAAAAGACUUCCUCACGAAAUAUAGCUCAAAAGACAGGAACUAGAAAUUCUUUAACUUGCUUUAUAUGUGUAAAGAGUUUCAGUCGUCGUGGAAACCUUAAAGUCCACAUGAAAAUUCACAAUGGAGAGAAGCCUUUCACCUGCCAACAGUGUGGACAGAGUUUCACUCAGAAUGAACACCUUAAAGUCCACAUGAAAAUUCACACUGGAGAGAAGCCUUACACCUGCCAACAGUGUGGAAAGAGUUUCUCUCAAAAAGGAAGCCUUAAAGUUCACAUGAGAAUUCACAUUGGAGAGAAGCCUUUUGCCUGCCAACAGUGUGGAAAAAGUUUCACUGAAAAAGGAAGCCUUAAAGCCCACGUGAGAAUUCAUACUGGAGAAAAGCCUUACAGCUGCCAACAGUGUGGAAAGAAUUUCACUGAAACAGGACACCUUGAAAUCCACAUGAGAAUUCACACUGGAGAGAAGCCUUUCGCCUGCCAACAGUGUGGAAAGAGUUUCUCUCAAAAAGGAAACCUUAAAGUUCACAUGAGAAUUCACAUUGGAGAGAAGCCUUUUGCCUGCCAACAGUGUGGAAAAAGUUUCACUGAAAAAGGAAGCCUUAAAAGGCACAUGAAAAUUCACAAUGGAAAAAAGCUGUUGACCUGCAGUGAUGAAUAAGUUUCACCCAUUUAUUUUAUUUACAUUUAUUAAUUUAGCUGACGCUUUUAUCCAAAGCGACUUACAAUUGCUAUAUAUGUCAGAGGUCGCACGCCUCUGGAGCAACUAGGGAUUAAGUGUCUUGCUCAGGGACACAUUGGUGUCUCACAGUGGAUUCGAACCCGGGUCUCUCACACCAAAGGCAUGUGUCUUAUCCACUGUGCCAUCACCACCCCAAAAAGGAAAAUAUGUAUAAUCACCACCCGAAAAGGAAACCUUGAAGUCCACAUGAGAAUUCACACUGGAAAGUGUGUCCUUACACCUGCAGACUGUGUGGGAAGAACAUUUCUUGAAAAGAAAGUCUUCAGACAUGAGUUCACACUGUUUCAC